UACUACCUGAGGAGGUGAAGGAGGCUGCAGACUCGGGAGGAAGUCAUCAUUCAAAUUUUACCGUCAAACCGCAGAAACAAUCAGAAUAUCGUCUGGACUCGUGCCAUUAUACUUGCAGUGAAACCUUUCCCAGCACAAUGAACGUGAGGAAGGUGGAAAAGACAGUUUUGAGCGUGGAGCAGGGAGAAGGAGUCGGCGCUCGGGUUCGCAGGAGCAUCGGUAGGAAGGAGCUGAGGAACCUGGACCCUUUCCUGAUGCUGGAUGAGUUCAGAGUGAGCAAGCCUGCAGGUUUUCCUGAUCACCCUCACAGAGGAUUUGAGACGGUAACGUAUGUUUUAGAGGGAAUCACAGCCCAUGAAGACUUCUGUGGCCAUUCAGGUCGACUGAAACCUGGAGAUCUGCAAUGGAUGACUGCAGGUCGGGGCGUGGUCCACGCUGAGAUGCCCGUGUCGGAGGAGCCGGUGGUGGGCUUACAGCUGUGGGUGAACCUGCCGAAGCGAGACAAGAUGGUGGAACCAGCGUACCAGGAGCUCAAAGGCUCCGAAAUACCAAAACCCAGCCAGGAAGGAGUUACAGUCGCUGUGAUAUCUGGUGAAGCUUUGGGAGCAAAGUCCAAGGUCUUCACGAGGACACCGACUCUGUACCUGGACUUUAGGCUGCAGGCAGGAGCUCUGCAUGUGCAGCCAGUCCCUUUAGGAUGGACUGCAUUCAUCUAUACACUGUCAGGAUCCAUUCAUGUUGGUCCAGAUCAGGAGCAGCAGCAGGUAGAGCCUCAUCACACCGUGGUGUUUGGAGAUGGAGACUGUGUCAAGGCUGAGAACAAGGGCUCUGAAGUUUCCCAUUUUGUGCUCAUCGCUGGAGAACCAAUCAAUGAGCCGGUGGUACAACAAGGUCCAUUUGUAAUGACCACAGAAGAAGAGAUCAGACAGGCUAUCAAGGAUUACCAGACUGGCAAAAAUGGCUUUGAAAGGGCCAUCAACUGGAGAUCCAAGAUCAGAGAUGCUCUCUGAAUGCUACGUGUUGAACUGUUUUACUGCUGAAACAUUAGGCUGCUGAAGAAACAAAUUUAUUGAGAACUUGUGACGAUUUUGUAAAAAAAAACAGUACAAGUUUUGCUGUUUGAGAACUUGGGUGUUUAUUUUUUGGGGGACAUGAACUGUAUGUGUUUGAAGGACAUUUAGUACUUUUUCUGUGUUACCUUGUUACAUGCCUCAGUGCCUCAUGUGGGAGUGGAUGACGUACCCACUUGUUAGCACGUUGCCUUCUCCUGUGUAAAAUAUAGAUUCAUGAGAAAAUGCGCCUGUGUCUGUUUUCCCCCUUGUUAAAUUUGAGUUUUACAGCAUUUUCUUCUGCUGUUUGGAGUAACAGUGCUGGUACAGAGCUCUGAAACUGUUUCCAAGUUGUUUGGAGCAACUUGGUUUGGUUUAGGCUCAAAAAUAACUUUGUUGGGUUAUAAGAAAGAUCGGGGUUACCAUGGUUGUUGCUGUUACAGUGAUAAACAUGAGGUUAAGGUUAUGGAGAUGUAAAAGUGAAAGGAAACACUGGCUCUUGGUUUAAAAAUAAUAGCGUUGUUGUAGUUCAGUGAUUUGUUGACCCAUCCAUUCACCCCCACCACUGCAGUGCCCAAACAUUAGGGCUCUGUUUGUUCACUUCUUUUGUUCUUGUCAUAGUCACUGUGGUCACUAGGGGGCAUCAUUACAACCAAACUAUUGAUUGUAUAGAAGGAUAAAUAAACUUUCUGUAAUGUCAUCCAUA